AUGCCCUUAUCAUGUAAUUCAAAUAACCUCUUCUUCUCAGAGGGAGAUUUUGGAGUGAUGAGGAUCAGGAAGAAGCAAAAGGAUGUUGUUGCAGAGGUUGUUGAUGCUGGUCAAGAUUUGGAGUCUGUGAUUCACGGGCACGCAAAUUUCUUCGACAAAAUGAUUGAGCUUAUUCCAGCUAAGUUUUAUCUACCAACUGAUGGUGAUGAGAAGCCUUGGUUUCAGGGUCUUAAUAAGAAGAAGAAAGCUCAGGCGAAGAAAAAAACGAAAGAGAAUAUUAAGAAGUCUCGGAGGCAACGAUUAGAUCCUGAUAAACCUUCUGCAAGCACGCUUGAACUUCUCAAGCAAAGUUUGGGAAAAGAAAAGGUGAAGGAUGGUAGUGAUGAUAAGGAUGUGGUUAAGCCUUUUGUGUCUGGGUUGGAAGGAGAUACUCGGUCUGUUACGUAUGAGGAGCUUCGCCAGAGGCUUCAUCGCAAGCUUGAAGGGUUUCAGUCAAGCCGUAACUGUGCAGAUCCGGAGAAGGCUGCUAAGAAGAGGGAAGAGAGAGAUGCUAGGAGAGGGUAUCAUUAUGAUGGGAAGAAACGUAAGAGGGAUGAUGAGAUUGAGGAAAGUAAGCCUGCGGUUGAUGAGACAGAGGAGAAGGUGAAGAAGGAUGCUGCAGAGGCUUCAAAGGAGCUUGUGUUUGGCAAGGUUAAACUUCAAAGUGAUGAAGUGCUGGAGACGAAGAAGAGAAGAGUUUCAAAGCACAAGGAACUUGAAAGGGCUAAGAAGUUAGAGGAAGUGAAGAAGAAUGAUCCAGAGAAGGGUGAAGCGAUUGCUAAAAAGGAAGCAUGGAAAGCAGCAAUGAAUAGAGCUUCAGGAAUUAAGGUCCACGAUGAUCCCAAGCUGAUAAAAAAGAGCAUACAAAAGGGGAAGAAGAGGCACGAGAAAAAUGCAGGGAAAUGGGAAGAGAGAGUUCAGUCACAGGAUCAGUUGAAGGCAGAGAAACAACAGAAAAGGUCGGCUAAUAUAGCUGAGAGGAUUAAUGAUAAGAAAAAGAGGAAGAUUGCUAAGAGAGAGAAAAAGCUAUUACGGCCUGGCUUUGAAGGUCGCAGGGAAGGGUUUAUCAAUGAUGCUUCCGGCUAA